CCCACGUCCCGUCCUGUUCGUCUCUCCCGUCCGCGACCCCGGCGGCCAAGCCCCAGCGCCCGGCCGCCCGUCCCUCUCCGCCGUGCCCGUGCCUCCGCCCCACUCCGUCCGCGGGCCCGGAAGGCGACGCCGGCGGCCAGGCCCCGGCGCCCACACCUCUCCCCGCCCCUCUCCGCCGUGCCCCUGAUCCGCCUCGCUCCGCCCGCCCUCCCUGGUUCCCUGCCACCGCCCCCCUCCACCCUCGACCCCGCCUCUGCCGAGAGCUGGCCAUCCCGUCAGCGACGGAGAACGGCGCCAGCGGGGCGUCUGAAGAUAAAUCUUUCCUCAUGGCAAAGCCAGCCUAUGCGACAAGCAGCCUCAUUUUAGGAUAUGCUUUAUGCUCGAGCUUGCUUGCGAUCAUUAACAAGUACGCCAUCACCAAGUUCAGUUACCCUGGCCUCCUCACUGCCCUACAAUACUUGACAUCCGUGGUUGGAGUUUGGAGCCUUGGGAAGCUCGGUUUCCUCUACCAUGAGCCCUUCAACUUCCAGAUUGCCAAAAAGUAUGCGCCUGCUGCUCUUGUCUUCUACCUCGCCAUAUUCACCAACACCCACCUCUUGAAGCAUGCCAAUGUUGAUACAUUUAUAGUGUUCAGAUCCUUGACCCCUCUGCUGGUUGCUGUCGCUGACACCACGUUCCGGAAGCAGCCAUGUCCUUCAAAGCUCACAUUCUUGUCCCUGGUGAUUAUCUUGGGAGGCGCAGUUGGCUACGUGAUGACAGAUUCAGGGUUCACCCUCACGGCAUACUCGUGGGCAGUUGCUUAUCUGAUCACCAUAACCACUGAAAUGGUGUACAUAAAGCACAUGGUGACUAACCUGGGUCUGAGCAUAUGGGGCUUUGUGCUCUACAACAAUCUUCUUUCACUGCUCAUGGCCCCCGUGUUUGGGGUUCUGACGGGGGAGCACCUGUCGGUCUUCAGAGCCAUUGAAUCAAGGGGCCAAAGCUGGUUCCAACUUGACGCGUUUGUUGCCGUGGCACUGUCCUGCAUAUUCGGGGUGCUCAUUAGCUUCUUUGGUUUCGCGGCAAGGAAAGCGGUCUCUGCCACGGCGUUUACGGUGACGGGAGUCGUCAACAAGUUCCUGACGGUUGCAAUCAAUGUUAUGAUCUGGGAUAAGCACGCAAACGCAUUUGGUUUGGUUUGUUUGCUCUUCACUCUGGCAGGUGGAAUACUCUAUCAGCAGUCUGUCAAAAGUAAAGGAAGUACUCCAGCGCAUUUUGAGGCUGUAGCUAACAAAGGCCGUGGUGAUGAUGAUGAAGCUGAGUUUGAUCCGGAGAAGCAAAGCUUAGUUUCGUCUCCAAAGGACUCAGAUGCCUGAUACAUGUUGUUUAGCAGGUACUCAGUUUUGUCCUUCUGUCUAGAACAGACACCUUUUUUUUUUUUGCGGGAAUGUCUAGAACAGACACCGAGUCUUCAAAACUUGUUAUAACUAUGCAAUACAGACAAUUCAGGAUGUAUUUUGUUGGAUGGCACGCACUCACAUCACAAGUUACAUGUACACUAGAAUUAUUUUUGUU